AUGACGCUGCAGAAGAUUUCGCAGCUUGAGGACAUUCCUUGGCAGGUGAGCAAGCAAGCCUUCAGCUGGUUCUAUCAGUUUGCCGACACUGGCACAUGGGAUCGUGAAGAGCUGGGGCUGUCGGAGGAAGCCGUUCUUGACGGCAUGCGCUUUGAGCUGCCCAGCUUGGGCAGCAUGUCCCGGAAAGCGCUGUUCCAGACCUGCUGCGCCAUAAGCGACGUGGACGACCCUUCGCAGCUGGACAUGGAGUUCGUCGGAGGUGCACUCAAAGCUGUCGAUGCGAACCAGAACGAUGCACUGGAUCUGGUCGAGUUUCUGGACUUCUAUCAUCGCUAUUGCUUCUCCGAGGAGGUGCUCCUCAGCCGUCAAGAGAGGGAGUUGAGGCAGCUGGCGCGGAAGUAUGGCUUCAGCUUCGUCGAACUCGACCAGCUCAAGAAGAAGUUCGACCAGGCCGACCGCAACCAAAGCGGCAAGUUGGGCUACGAGGAGUUCCUCUCCCUCAUGGCAAUGCUGACAAAUCUUCCGCCGGGGCAGGAGUUGCCAGAGAAGAAGAAAAAGGAGUGGUGGAUUGCCGCCAAGCAAGGCUGGCGAAGGCACCUGGACUUGGAUGCAUUCUUGUCCUUCUACGUGUCCAUCGGCAACUGA